AAGCAUACCAAAACCUCUCCCCCGAGCCCAAUAAUAACCCAACAACAUCCGAGUUUAUCUUGCUCUCAGGUUUAUCUAAAUCCCCGAUGUGGCCAUACAUCGGAGAGCAUUACACUAUCCUCGGGUUGAUUAAAAAAUUUCAUUUCCCCCAGUCGGCAAUCAGCUGUGAGCAACAGAGGAUGCUAAAAUUCAGUCAGAAAUUGUGGCAGUCGGCCAGAAUCGGUGAAGUUCUUGAUGGUAAUGUGAGUUCUAUUAAUUCUACCUGUAGUCUUUUCAAAAGUCAUCCAGGGCGGGAUUACUCCACCAACUCGAUACCCAAAAAGACGUGUCUCUAUGACUUUCACGUGGAGCAUCAUGGAAAAGUUGUUAAUUUCGCCGGUUGGCUCCUCCCCGUUCAGUACAAGGACGCAAUCGCGGUGUCUCAUCAUCAUACUCGCACCUACGCAUCGCUAUUCGACGUCGGCCACAUGCUGCAGACGAGAGUCUGGGGUAAAGACGCGGGUGAAUUUCUGGAGAGUCUCACAACCGCUGAUCUGAAGAACAUGAAAUCCGGUGGUGCGUCACUCACAGUCUUCACCAAUGACGCCGGUGGAAUUCUGGAUGAUCUGAUAAUCACGAAAGAUGGACAAGAUCGUUACUUCGUUGUGUCGAAUGCUGGCCGACGAAGUGAAGACACGGAGCUCCUCAAUCAACGACUGGACGAAUUCAUCAAACGGGGCAAGAAGGUUCAGCUGGAGUACCUAGACGCUUUGGACCAGGGCCUGUUAGCGCUGCAGGGGCCCAUCGCUGCGAGAGUUCUUCAGGCACUCGUGAAGAUCGAUUUGACUAAGUUGUUCUUCAUGAACUCGGUUGAAACCAAAAUUUCUAACUGCAACGUCAGGAUCACCAGGUGCGGCUACACCGGUGAAGAUGGCUUCGAGAUUUCCGUCAGGGGGAAAGAUGCCCGGGUCCUCGCAGAGAUGAUCUUGGCAGUGGAUGACGUCAGAUUAGCGGGGCUCGGACCGAGGGACAGUUUGAGGUUGGAGGCCGGAUUGUGUCUGUACGGCCACGACAUCGACGAGAACACAACGCCGAUCGAAGCGGGACUGGCCUGGCUCGUUGCUAAACGACGACGGGCAGAAGGAAAUUUCACCGGUGCCGAGCGCAUUCUUACGCAGCUGAAAGUCGGCGUCCGGAAGAAGCGGGUGGGCCUGAUGCUGGGACAGGGCCCCCCAGCACGUGAAAACGCCCCAAUUCUCACUCCCGAGGGGGAAAAAGUUGGGGCUGUGACUUCGGGAGGACCUAGUCCGAGUCUCGGUAAACCCAUUGCAAUGGGCUAUGUACCACCAGAUCUAGCCCAGAAUGGAGGCGGCGUCCUGGUGGAGGUCCGCGGGAAAACCUAUAAAGCGACUGUCACCAAAAUGCCUUUCGUCAAGGCAAACUAUUACACUGGCAAAUAGUAAUGUUGUAUUUUUUUCUAUGCGAAUAUAAUGAAGUUUUUUUAUUUUA